CGAGGCGGACCGGAAGCAGGCGGCAGAAGGGCCGCGCUCCUCGUCGGCGCGGCGCGGCGCGGCGCGGCUCCCGGCUCCUCUCGGCUCCUCUCCUCUUUCCCUUCCCCGCCGCAGCGGGGGGGCGCGCGCUCCUUCCAGCCGCCGCCAACCGCCCUCGCCGCCGCCAUGUCGCGGCGGCGGCACAGCGAUGAGAGCGACGGGCAGCCCCACAAGAGGCGGAGGACGUCCGAGCCGUCGGAGAUCGAAGAGAGGCUCGAGUCGCUGAUAUGCCGGGUGGGAGAGAAGAGUACCUCAUCCUUGGAGAGCAACUUGGAGGGCCUAGCUGGUGUUUUGGAAGCUGAUCUACCAAACUACAAAAGCAAGAUACUAAGAAUUCUGUGUACUGUUGCACGUCUGUUACCAGAAAAGCUUACUGUUUACACAACACUAGUUGGGUUGCUGAAUGCCAGGAACUACAACUUUGGUGGAGAGUUUGUAGAAGCCAUGAUUCGUCAGCUUAAAGAAUGUCUGAAAGUCAAUAUGUAUAAUGAAGCUGUGUAUUUAGUUCGUUUUCUAUCUGAUCUUGUGAAUUGUCAUGUGAUAGCUGCACCUUCAAUGGUAGCUAUGUUUGAGAACUUUGUGAGCGUGACACAAGAGGAAGAUGUACCCCAAGUACGAUGUGACUGGUAUAUGUAUGCAUUUCUGUCAUCUUUGCCUUGGGUUGGAAAAGAAUUGUAUGAGAAAAAGGAUGCUGAAAUGGAUCGCCUCUUGUCUCAGACAGAAAGCUAUCUGAAACGCCGCCAGAAGAUUCAUGUACCCAUGUUACAAGUUUGGACUGCUGAUAAACCUCAUCCGCAAGAAGAAUAUUUAGACUGCCUUUGGUCUCAGAUUCAGAAGUUGAAAAAAGAUCGUUGGCAAGAACGACAUAUUCUGAGGCCCUACUUGGCUUUUGACAGCAUUCUUUGUGAAGCAUUGCAACACAAUCUGCCUCCAUUCACUCCUCCACCUCACACUGAGGAUUCAGUGUACCCAAUGCCAAGGGUUAUUUUUAGGAUGUUUGACUACACGGAUGAUCCUGAGGGCCCUGUCAUGCCUGGCAGUCACUCCGUUGAACGAUUUGUAAUAGAAGAGAACCUUCACUGCAUCAUCAAAUCCCACUGGAAAGAGAGAAAGACUUGUGCUGCACAGCUGUUGAGCUAUCCAGGAAAUAACAAGAUCCCCUUGAAUUACCAUAUAGUAGAGGUAAUAUUUGCAGAAUUGUUCCAGCUUCCAUCUCCACCACAUAUCGAGGUCAUGUACACAACUCUCCUCAUUGAACUGUGCAAACUUCAGCCUGGCUCUUUACCACAAGUUCUUGCACAAGCCACAGAAAUGCUCUACAUGCGUUUGGAUACAAUGAAUACAACAUGUAUAGACAGGUUUAUUAACUGGUUUUCUCACCACCUGAGUAACUUUCAGUUCCGUUGGAGCUGGGAAGACUGGUCUGAUUGUCUUACUCAGGACCUUGAAAAGCCAAAACCCAAAUUUGUGAGAGAAGUUUUAGAAAAAUGCAUGAGGCUCUCCUACCAUCAACGAAUAAUAGACAUUGUUCCUGCAAGCUUUUCUGUCCUCAGUCCUGCAAAUCCAGUGUGCAUUUACAAAUAUGGAGAUGAAAGUAAUAGGUCUCUUCCUGGAUAUACUGUAGCCCUCUGUUUAACAAUUGCAAUUAAAAAUAAGGCCAGUAAUGAUGAAAUCUUCAGCAUUUUAAAAGAUGUGCCUAAUCCAAACCAAGAUGAUGAUGAUGAUGAAGGAUUUACCUUCAACCCUCUGAAAAUAGAAGUUUUUGUUCAAACUCUGCUUCAUCUAGCUGCAAAAUCUUUCAGCCACUCCUUCAGUGCCCUGGCCAAGUUUCAUGAAGUCUUCAAAACACUUGCUGAAAGUGACGAGGGGAAACUCCAUGUCCUGAGGGUUGUAUAUGAGGUUUGGAAAAAUCAUCCACAGAUGAUUGCUGUGCUUGUUGACAAGAUGAUUCGGACACAAAUCGUUGAUUGUGCUGCAGUAGCAAACUGGAUCUUUUCUUCAGAGCUUGCACAUGAUUUUACUAGGUUUUAUAUUUGGGAAAUCUUACAUUCCACAAUUCGUAAAAUGAACAAGCAUGUUCUGAAGAUUCACAAAGAACUGGAGGAGACUAAGGCAAGAUUGGCACGGCAGCACAAAAGACGAGAUAGCGAUGAUGAUGAUGAUGAUGAUGACCGAAGUAGUGAUCGGGAAGACGGACCACUAGAAGAGCAGAUAGAGCGCUUGCAGGAGAAAGUCGAGUCAGCCCAGAGCGAGCAGAAGAAUCUUUUUCUUGUCAUAUUUCAGCGCUUCAUUAUGUUGUUAACUGAGCACUUGGUGCGAUGUGAAACUGGUGGAAUUGAUGUAUUUACACCUUGGUACAAGAGUUGUAUAGAGAGAUUGCAGCAAAUCUUCCUACAGCAUCACCAGAUAAUCCAACAGUACAUGGUGACCCUGGAGAAUCUCCUGUUUACAGCUGAACUGGACCAUCACAUACUGGCUGUGUUUCAGCAAUUCUGUGCUCUGCAGGCUUGAAGAUUGUUCAUGUGCAGAGACUUGUCUGCAGGACUUUAAUGAAUAUAUUUUUUUUUUAUGGGAAGACUUGACCUGGGGAAGGAAGAAACUUUUUCAUUAAAACUGGCUUUCUUGUGUUCCUGUAUAGAACAAUGCAGUACUCUAACCAACAGCAACUCUGUAAACAUUGUAAGCCUUAUUAGCUAUGACUGAUAGAGGAUUGACAUGAAGUAAUGUGUGAAUUCUUUUAAUCUGUCCUUUUAUUUGGUUUGAAUCUUGCAUUCAUGAUAGUAUUUUUUGUUGUUUUUCCCCACUGUUUAUAUAAAAAUAAAAAAUAGGCAAAAAAAUCGUAUAGAAUUUGUUACCUCUGCCUGCCCCUUAAAGCAAAGGAACUACAGAAAUUUGAAACAGAUCAUAGUGUUUUAUAAGUGUAAAGGGAAAUGCACCUUUCUAUGAGCAGUGUGAUAAGUUCUCUGUAGUAUGGCACAGGAGAAGUGUCUUAACUUUGGGCAUGUGAAACACUGAGUAAAGCUUUCAAAGUAGCAUAGAUCAUAUGGGUUUGUUUAUUGCCAAACCAACUAGAUUUUCAUUUUGAAAGAACAUGGAUGUAAUACAAUAUGUUUUUUUUUUUUUUUUAAUGUAUUGUCUGGUGUCUUAUUACAGUAACUGUAAACAACCCAUAAAGGAACUUCAUAAACCUCUAAAACCAAAAUGCGAGCCUUUAUGCAGCAUGGUCAAAAAAUAAUGACCUAUCUAACAGUAGUCCUAAUUGGUAGAGAUGGGGCAAAACUUCUAUUUUGGUACUGCAAACCAUACCUAGGUGUUGGCAGAUCCAGCCUCAAGUACUGCGGGUGAGGGAAGGGCAACACGUAGCCUGUUUUAUUUCAGCCUCUAACUAUGUGGGCUGUUGAGCUUGCAGUGGUUCGGACCUACAGGUCUGCAGUGAUAGCAGAAAUUUUUCUGGCACUGAUGUGGAUAAACCAAUUGUCCUUUGUAUGUGGAUUAGUAAUAACUGCUUCAUGGUAUUUGCAUCUGCUACUAUUUCCUGUCCUUUAGUCUUUAAAAUGUGAAGAGAGCAUGAGGCUCCCCUGUCUCUGAAAAGCACUGUAGCACUGAAUUAAGUGUUACCUUACUGGAGACUUGGACUGGGGUGAGACAUAACCUGAAAAUGGAAUAGCCUUAGUUUGAGUUAUGCAAAUAACACUUCUGUAAGAAAAGAAAAAGGAAUGGUCUGUAUCAUGGCAAGCAGGGAUGCGUGGCAGAGCAAAGACAUUGCUUCAGGCAUUCAACUCUGUAUGGUGACAUUUCUGUGUGGUACACAGAAGCUGUUUACGGUCUAUUCAUUUUUGUAGAUGAAUGUUUGAAAAUUUUCACACACUGAAAAUGAUGAACUUUGAUUCAGUUCCUGUACAAAUUAUUUUUCAAAUACUAUACCUAGUAAUAAAUUCCAUCCCUACAUUAAGCAAUUGACCUCUUAAUCAAGCAUAGAGGGGCAAAAAAAAAUUUCUACUGUUAGUGUUGACAUAACUUGUUGUGCAGCCUGUAACAUUUGAAUAUAUCCUUGUAGACUUGAUUCUGUUACUUUUGCUUUCUCUGCUUAUCCUCUGUGAUUUGACAAAUCCUUCCAUUCUUUUAGGGUCUGCCUUUUACAUAUUUACAUAUUUGUAAAUUUGCUUUAUGCAGGGUUAUGCACAGAGGUCUUCAGAUAGCCUUUUUUUUUUUUUUUUUUUGUAACAUUUAAUGCUGUAUAGAAGUUUUAAUAGGGGUCAUAGCCUUUUUUUUCUUCACUGGGUUGGAUCAACAAGGAAUUCUGACUUUGGGUAUGAAUCUGACUGACUUGAAUGUGUUUUCUGUAAAAUUGAUAAUGCACCAAAACUUACAGAACUUUGACUUCUUCUGAGCCUUUAAUAUACUUGACAAAUACUGAGGCUGGGGAUACAGCAGCAACUACCUGAGCACAGACAACAUAAUCCUAUGAUUUAAAACUAAGCUAUUUUCUUUCAAAAAUGAGUUAAGAUGAGGAGUGUGGGCUUUGAUUACAUAUCCUUACUCUGUUAGAAAGUAUCCCCUCUUUGGAGGUAGCAUGGCACCUGAUUGAUGGGGAAACUGGUUGGAUCUGUAGGAGAAAGAUGUUUGUGUAGUGGUACAAGCCAUUAACUGGCCAAAGUUGAAACUGCUGCAGCAUGAGGUGCUGGAUAGUGUAAAGAUGCUGUAGAAAUGUGAUGUGGCUGGAAAAAAUGCACAAUUAAUUAAAAUUAAGACAAAAAAAUAAAUGAAGGUGAA